UCAGGACUUGAAACUGACUCAAAAUUUAAGGUUGCACAGCCUAUCUAGCAGUAGCUCAGGCUGCUGAGGAUCAAAAAUUCUCAAAUCAUUGUUUUUCUUACUAACGUCUUCGUCGAAGUGCUUGUCCUACACUAUUCUCACCCAGAGAUAUUCGCUGGUCGAAUCUCGAAAGUCACCCCAGUCGACUAUUGUUGACCUAUUUCUCCGUCAAGCAGUAUUCAACUUCAAGCUUGAAGCUCUUUACCUUGCGUGUUAUCACAUAACACCAUGCGCCUCCUCCUUCCAUCCCCGUAUCGACUAUACAUUGCAUCCAUUCUCUUGGUGAUCACCCUCCUCGAUGUCGCCGUAGUUUCCAGGCCAGUGGCUACUUCAUGUCUCAAGCUCGAACGUCGAGUCUCAGACCCGGCCACCCACGAGUCGCCCGAGGAUUAUCAAAUCUAUCUCGCGCGUUGGAAUCCUGCUCGCAGAGAAUAUGUCUUGAAGGAUGCUGCAUUUGACGAGAUGCAGGUCGUUCGCUUUUUCAUGGAAGGCACUGUCUCUAGUCAUAAAGCCGGAUUCGAAUUCGUCGCGACUAACAAUGGCAACAAAAUUGAACGCGUCGAAUACCCUGCAUCAUCCGGACAACACAGUUUAAAGUCUUUCAUGCUGCGUGUGGAUCAAGUUCAAUUGGGCAAUUUCGCCUGUGUGGAUAACAUGUUCAAUAUCGAAUUUCUUCAAAGGGUGACAAACAAGCCUAUUGAUUCUGACCUGAUCUUCGUCUUAACCAUUUUACGGAGUAUUGGUCUGGGUUAUUCUCCUGUAUGGAGAGGGCUGUACGAAGAAAUGAUUCGUGUGAGGAACGCAUGGUUUGCCCGCCAUAGCCACAUUUUGUUGGGGAAUACUCCGUACGCAUAGUUACAAGACAGACGGUGUUAUACUUGGUACUGUACAGUUAGUAGUCAGUAUAUCAUGCAUACAGUGUUUUCAAGACCCUCAGUUGAUUUACUACCAACUGAAAUGAGCCCACUAGAUAUCUGUAUGAACACACGAUCCUAACCUAUAAUAGUUUAUCUUAACAGGUAUAGAUCAUCAAUAUAGCUGAUUUACUACCAACUGAGUUUAUCUACGCUUGCGUACCGCUUCGCAGUUAUUUCUGUGUGUAUGCAUGCCUAAUGUUAGUCGUGAAAUUCUACGAGCUCUACCAUCUAGCUUCCAAAG